GCCACAGGACUGUUGAAGAAGGCAGGGGCUGAGGCUACUCUAUAGUUUACUUAAUCACAAGAAGCUUGAUGGCUGGAAUUUCAGGAUUCGCGAGCCUUGGACCUAAGACCAAGAACUUUGUAGUUGCCGGUGGAUUGACAUCAUUCGUCUUUGGGGUAUAUUUCUACACAAUGAGGGCUGUGGGAGGUACAGAUGAGUCGCAAGUGGCCAUAGAUAAGUUUGAGGAUCAGAAGAACAAGAAAGAGGCUGAACCAAAUUUGCCAUCUAAAGCUUAAUAACAUGUUUAAUUGUACUUCGUUUGUUGUCUAAAACGGAAAUAAGAUUUUUCUCGAUACUCUUUCUUUACAAUAAGCUUUUUUUGCUGGCGUAAUA